GUCGUUACAAAAACAUUAUAAUACUGGUUUAAAGACAAACGCCUAUUUAUUGCACUUAAUAUUUUUUUUAACUAUUAGAGGUACAACUAUUGGAAAGAAAUUAAUCCACAAAUUAAGCCACAAGUAUUUUGCUCAAUGUAAAAGCAAGACGGUUGGCUGCGGAGGAGGUAUUGCCAUUUGGAGAGUGACUAAAGUUCAUGUGAUCAUCUGACCAGGUGUGAAAAGAGUUCACAGACUGGUAACAGAAUUUACAGGCUGGUGUUCCAUGUGAGAUGCUGGAGAUUGCAACUUAUCGUGAACCUGCAAGGGAAAGAUCUUAGCAACCAAAGGGGGCAUAGGCUCCACAAACAUAGUCUAAUAGGCCAGUUAACCUCGUCCAGGCUAACUGUGAAGUCGGGAGGACUUCGAGAGUUAGGUGUUAUAGCCAGACUAAGGGAAACCUAGCCACAGAGUUAAAAACCAUCUUUGACCAUGGGUGUAUCAUUAGUUGAUUCAGUUGAUUGUCUGUUGCAAAAGCGGUUUGAACGAAACGGGGAGGGGCCUAACUGAAUUUGUCCAAUAAAAACUAUUGAUUUUACGUUUGGAGUAAACGGUAUCCGACUAAUGAAUACACUCCUGGCACUGACCGCACCAAAGAUACCGGUAACUACCUAACCCGCCUAUCUGUCCGCACGUUUCUCUGCCCAGGCGUUCCUUACGGCUGCCACAUCUUACAACGCCUGGAUAGGUAUUUAACAUAUCAGCUACCACAUCACAGUGUUAUAGCAAUCUGUUAGUCGACGACACAAUCGAUGACGUUGCACGCAACCAUUCGUUGACUAAGGGAACGUAACGUAUGGCUGCACAAUAGAAGUUGAUCCCUGGGCUGGGUUUCAGUUUAAAAAAAUGCUUCCUUCCCUCUGCCCUGCCUCAUUCCCCUUCAGAUCUGAGACCACUGGAUGAAUGUAAGCAAAAGAAACGGGAGCAGUCUUCACCUUUGGAAAAAGCAAAUUUUCAGAUAACGUCCCCAGUAAAUUUUGGCUGAAAAAUGAUGUACCCCUGAAAAUCGCCUGUGGGGAUGAGCACACAGCAUUGAUAACAGAGAAUGGCAAGCUUUUCAUGUUUGGCAGUAACAACUGGGGUCAGCUGGGUUUGGGAUCAAAGACCAUGGUGAACAAGCCCACUUGUGUGAAAGCUUUGAAGUCUGAAAAGGUGCAGCUUGCAGCCUGUGGAAGAAAUCACACUAUAGUUUACACUUCUCGGGGAAACGUGUACUCUACCGGUGGAAACAACGAAGGUCAGCUAGGUCUGGGAGACUGUGAGGAGAGGACAGCCUUCCAAUUGGUGGACUUCUUCAGUUCACAUGGACCAAUCAAAAUGCUUGCUGCCGGCUCCAACACCUCUGCUGCCCUCACGGAGAGUGGGACGCUGUUCAUGUGGGGUGACAACACUGAGGGUCAGAUCGGCCUGGGGAAGGAGAGCAGUGCCCUGACCCCCCGGGAGGUCACUGUGGGUCGGCCAGUGGCCUGGGUGUCCUGUGGGUACUACCACUCUGCCUUCGUCACUGUUGACGGGGGCCUGUACACAUUUGGGGAGCGCGACAGCGGCAAACUGGGCCUGGCCACGGGUCAGCUGGAUGGACACCGCGUGCCCCAGCUGGUGAAGGGCAUCACAGACCAGGUGACCCAGGUGGCAUGUGGAGGCGGGCACACCGUGGCUGUGACAGAGGACGACCUGUACACCUUUGGCCUGGGUCAGUUUGGUCAGCUGGGCCAGGGGACCUUCAUCUUUGAGGCGAGGCUGCCCAGAGCGGUGGAUCACUUCAGGAAGGGCCGAGUACGACAGGUGAUGUGUGGGGAGAACCACACUGCUGUCAUCACAGACAAUGGUCUUCUCUAUACCUUUGGGGACGGGAGACAUGGGAAGCUGGGUCUGGGAGAGGAGAACUUCACCAAUCAAUUCAAGCCCACUCUCUGUCCACGUUUCCUCAAGUACAACGUCCAAGCAGUGACAUGCGGAGGUUGCCACAUGCUGGUUCUAGCCAAGCCCAGAGACGAGAGCUGUCAGGAAGUGACUCUGGAGGAGAAUGAUGUCACAGAGGACUACCUGGAGAAGUCCUACACAGAGCUCUUAGUGGACACCAUCACCUCCACCCCUGCUACCCUGAACAGUAGCCUCUCUGCCCGGGUCAGGAGGAGAGAGAGGGAGCGUUCCCCGGAGCAGUUUGGGCUCAUGUUCCGGACCCUGCCCCCCCUGAUGUCCGGACACCUCAAUACCUCUGCAUCCCUGCCCGUGUCCAGCCAGACCAUCCCCUCCAGCCUGUCCCCCAAGGAGCUAACCAACAGAAAGGUGCACAACGGCAUUCACCAACACAGGAGCACUGAGUCUAACAAGAAGGAAAAGAGGUCGGCUGAGAAGGGAAGAGAUGAGGGAGACAGCAGCGCUGUGGAGAACAUGAUGGACAACGAGAGUGUUAAAGAUCUGGGAGACACCACGGACUUCCUCAACAUGACUCAUGUGAUGAAAAUGGACCCCAGUGACAAGACGUUGACGUUGUCCCCUGUACAGAAGAGGAAGGGUAAGCUUGUGAAAGGGCAUGGUAACGCUGGGAAACAGCCAGAACUCUAUACCCAUAGGAGGGUGGAUCCCACCCCGCGGGGGGCACUGCCCACAGAGCUGCUGAGGAGCUCCAGUGGUAGGUCUCUGGUGGUAGAGAAGAGACCGCGCCACAGGGCUGCCCAGGGCAAAGGCAGUGGCAAGGAGAACCUCGUUGUGGCUCUGGAGGCAAUAAAGCCUCCUGAGCCGAAGGCUGGCCCUGCCAAGCCCUCCAGCAUAGAGGACAUUAGCAAGGCCAAGUCCAAACCCUGUCCGUCCGCACAGAAAAAACAACUGUUAGCAGUUGAGAGAAAAGUGAGGGAGAGAUUUGUCAUGGAUUCUAAGGCAAUCCAAAUAAAGGGCGCAGCCAAAGGUCAAAGUGCAGAGGUCAAAAAGACUCUCUUAGAGGUCAACCCUAUAUCUACAAAGGUGAAAAGUCAACAUGUAGCUGUUAGGAGGACACCAAAUAGAAAGAGUGGCAGACAUUCACAAGGCCUUAAGCUAACUGAUGCACUGCCUGUGGACAAGACAACUGAACCAGACCUGGUGUCUGAAGUGCCACAAAAAACGACGAAUGAAAACACAGAAAGAGAAAAGAGCAAACCAAAGACUGAACCACCUGAACGGACACCGCUGCGCGGCUUACUGACCGGAGUGUCCUCUCUGGGGUCAGGUGUGGGGCUAGUGGCAGCCAGACAGUUUGGUUCUCCCUCAGACAGUGAGUCAGUCCGGAGUCAGAGCAGGGCCCAGAGAUUCAGCAGACAGAGUGCUGAGGACGCCCAGUCUUCCUGGAGCCAUUCGUCUGCAUCCAUGGCCUCCGAACCAGGAGACAAGAGAACAGCAGUCCGCAUCAACAUCAUCCCCGCCCCGGGGAGCUCUGAUCAGGGGGUGGAGGAGGAGCAAUGCAGGUCCUACUCUGGUCCCCCAGACAACAGAGGACAGGAGGAGAGGAGAGGGGAGGAGAGUGGAGACGAGACAGGGAGCAGCGGCGAUCAGACACCGACCAAGCAGGAUAGUGAGGGUGAGGAGGAAGAGAGUGAGGGAGGGGUUGGAACGAGGAGGGCAGAAAGUGGGGGUGGAAAAGAAGUGGCCAAGAGCCAUGAUGAGGUGACAGAUGAGGAAAACAGUGAGGAUGAUGACACAGUGAAGGUAGAGGAGGAGGAUGGAGGGAUCUCUGAAUUAGAGAAGGAGAGCGAGGGAGGAGAUGAGCAAUGUAAGACUGAAACAGAUCAGGGAGCAGAAAGUGAGUUAGAGGAUGCAGAGAAAGAGGAGAGUGGACUGGAGGAAGAGGAGGAGGGUGACGGGACGAGUAGCCCAGUGGGAGGAGAGGGAGAGAGUGUGGGAGAGGAGGAGGAAGAAGAAGGGGAGGGAGAGAGCAAGGAGGAGGAAGAGAGUGGGGAAGUAUCGCAUAGUGACACUGAGAGCAAGAGUAAGGAAUCCAAUUAUGAAGAGGAGGAUGAAGAAGAAGAUGGAGAGAAAGAGGAAGAAGGUGAGGAAGAGGAUGAGAGUGUAGGAUCUGUAGAGGAGGAUGAUGGGAAUGAGGCAGACAGUGGAACAGAGGCAGGAGAGGAAGAGAGCAGUACUGCAGAGGAGAGGGAAGAAGAGGAUAAGAGUGAAGAGGAGGAGACUGAAGAAGAAGAAGCCGGAGAGGAGGAGGAGACAGAAGAAGAAGCCGGAGAGGAGGAGGAGAGUGAAGAUGAGGAAGAAGCUGGAGAGGAGGAGAGUGAAGAUGAUGAGAAAGAAGAAGAAAAACCUGGAGAGGAGAGUGAAGAUGAGGAAGAAGCUGGAGAGGAGGAGGAGAGUGAAGAUGAGGAAGAAGAAGAUCCUGGAGAGGAGGAGGAGAGUGAAGAUGAGGAAGAAGAAGAUCCUGGAGAGGAGGAAGAGAGUGAAGGUGAGGAAGAAGAAGGAAAAGAAGAAAAUGAAGCCAGAGAGGAGGAGGAGGAGAGUAAACAUGAGGAGGAAGAAGAGGUGGUUGACAAAAGAAAAGGUAAAAAAGGCCAGGAGAGUCAUCAGAAUGCUGCGGCCAGAGGUAACGGGUCCAAACAGAGGUCAGGGAAAGGGGAAGAGUUCUGGGACAAUGUUUUACCUCAGUACCUCAAUCUCAAAUGAUAGCCCUAUCUGUUCUGUUCCAAACCAGUGCUCUGUCAACUUCUCUCAGGAACACUCUUAAUUGAGCAUUUUAAUGCCUCCUACUGUUUUUAUUCACGACUUCCAUUUUGUUUUACUGUAUAUCAACUGCCUUUACUGUCUCACUGUUUUUAUUCACGACUUCCAUUUUGUUUUACUUUAUAUCAACUGCCUUUACUGUCUCACUGUUUUUAUUCACGACUUCCAUUUUGUUUUACUUUAUAUCAACUGCCUUUACUGUCUCACUGUUUUUAUUCACGACUUCCAUUUUGAUUUACUUUAUAUCAACUGCCUUUACUGUCUCACUGUUUUUAUUCACAACUUCCAUUUUGUUUUACUUUAUAUCAACUGCCUUUACUGUCUCACUGUUUUUAUUCACAACUUCCAUUUUGUUUUACUUUAUCAACUGAAUGUCCACAGCCUUGUCUUUCAAUUUCCUUGUAUAGUCCUUUACCAUUUUACAUGGCAGUUAAGAUUUGAUGCUAAAAUGCUUUUUUUAAAUCCCCUUUUCAACUUUGUUCUUCUGUAAAGACAAUUUACUAAUAGUAGCUACUAUUUUCCAGGCAUGCCCUCCAAUGAUUUUGUACAACUUUUUCUUUAUCAUGAUUUGUUUGAUAUAAUGAAUAUUACAGAAUAGUUUGAUAUAUGUUUAAAUAAAUAUUUGUUGUUCUAAAACGAUCAAAAUCAGUGUCAAGACUAGUCCCAUCACGUAUGAUAUCAUAUAAUUUGUGUUGAACACAUUCUCUACACAUGAAUAGAUAGUGCUGUUUGCAUUAAACUGUUCCAGUGGCAGGUGGGAUCCCUUUUCUUCCUUUAUCCCUGUCUGUAAUCCCUUAGCUCCCUGUUGUGACUCCACUAUCCAUAUCCAAUGUGAAGCACCCACCUCUAGUCUUCCUCAAGUCUGUUUAGUGCUGACUCUCCCUUGUGUGUGUGUGUGUGUGUGUGUGUGUGCGCCAGAGUGCAGUUUCUCCCCUGUGACUAAGUUGUAUCUGUUACCUAACUUACUAUCGCUUGUUUUAACCAGUCUGCCCCACUCACUCUCAUCCCUU